AUGGCUACCAAAACUCCUUUUUUUCUAUGUUUUUCUUGCAUCAUUGUCCUUAAUCUCAUUUAUACCAUGGCUCAAUCAGAUAACUAUAUCAUCCAUAUGGACAAAUUAGCCAUGCCCAAAGCAUUUUCCACCCACCAUGCUUGGUAUUUGUCUACUCUCUCUUCUUUAUUAGAUAAUGUUCCUACCUCUAAUGAUAACAAUCUUAAUAUUGCCUCUUCUAAACUGAUUUACACCUACACCAACGCCAUGAACGGUUUUACUGCAAAUUUGUCACCACAAGAAUUUGAAGCUCUCAAAACCUCCCCAGGUUACGUUUCUUCCACACCAGAUUUCCCAACCAAGCUUGACACAACACACUCACCGGAAUUCCUUGGCCUUAAUCCCAACACAGGAGCUUGGCCUGCUGCAAAAUUUGGUGAAGAUGUCAUUGUUGGUUUGGUGGACACAGGAGUAUGGCCAGAAAGUGAAAGCUUCAAUGAUGAAGGGAUGCCUGAUAAGCUUCCUACAAAAUGGCAUGGCAAUUGUGAAAGUAGUAUCAAAUGCAACAAGAAACUCAUUGGAGCUCAAUUCUUUAACAAAGGGUUCCUUUCCCAGAAAUCCAAAUUGGCAAAAAUUGUGAACUCAACUAGGGAUACAGAGGGCCAUGGAACUCACACAUCUUCCACUGCAGUUGGAAGACAAGUCGACAAUGCAUCAUUCUUUGGAAAUGCCAAUGGAUCAGCAAAAGGAGUUGCUUCAAGGGCAAGAUUAGCCAUAUACAAGGUUGUGUGGAAUGAAAACGCUUACCCAUCUGACGUAAUAGCUGCAAUUGAUACUGCAAUAUCAGAUGGGGUUGAUAUUCUUUCCCUUUCACUUGGCUUUAAUAAUUUCUCUUUGUUUCAUGACCCUGUUGCUAUAGCUUCCUUUGCAGCUAUGGAUAGAGGCAUUUUUGUGUCCACGUCGGCAGGGAAUUCAGGGCCUAUUCGUGGAAGUUUGCACAAUGGAAUACCAUGGGUUAUAAACGUGGCUGCUGGAACUUUGGAUCGUGAAAUUCGGGCGUCUCUUACCCUUGGCAAUGGUGUCAAACUACUUGGCUUAUCAACCUAUCUAACAGGAAACUUCUUAGAAUACCAAGUUCCUAUUGUUUUUAUGGGCCCAUGUAACAAUUCUACGGAACUGGCCAAAGCACAUAACAAGAUUGUGGUGUGUGAGGAUAUGGGUGGAAAUCUUUCCAAUCUUGAGUUUAAUAUAAAAGCUGCAAAUGUUUUGGCAUCAGUGUUCAUUUCAAGCGUUACCGACAUCUCAAUUUAUAAUGACCCUGAUCUUGUAGGAAUCAUUAUAAACCCAAGAUAUGGAGAAAUUCUCAAAGCAUACAUCAAGAGUGAUUCUAAUGCAAAAGCAAACAUGUCUUUUAAGAUAACAACAUUAGGUAUUAAACCUUCACCGAAAGUAGAUGUUUACAGUUCUAGAGGACCAUCAAAUAAUUGCCCAUUUGUGCUGAAACCAGACAUCACUGCUCCUGGUACAUCAAUCUUAGCUGCAUGGCCUCAAAAUCUUCCAGUUGCAUACUCUGGAUUUCAAUCCCUUUAUAGUAACUUCAAUUUUUUAAGUGGAACAUCCAUGGCAUGCCCUCAUGUGUCAGGUGUGGCAACAUUGUUAAAAGGAGCACAUCCUGAUUGGAGCCCUGCAACUAUUCGGUCAGCCAUAAUGACAACAUCAGAUAUAUUUGACAAUACUAAGGAACCCAUAAAAGACAUUGGUAACGGAGACAGUCCAGCCUCUCCUUUAGCCAUGGGUGCUGGUCAUAUCAACCCUAACAAAGCCCUUGACCCAGGACUAGUUUACGAUGUGGGAAGUCAAGAUUAUGUCAAUCUUCUCUGUGCAAUGAACUUCACCCAGCAACAGAUCACAACCAUCACAAGAUCCUCUAUCUUCAAUUGUUCCAAACCUUCCCUAGAUCUUAAUUACCCUUCUUUCAUUGCUUUGUUCCGUGACAAUGGUUCUUCUAACGAAUCAACCGUAACUUGGGACUUUUUUAGAACAGUGACCAAUGUUGGGGAAGGACAAACGAUAUAUACUGUUAGUGUUACACCAAUCAAAGGGUUCAAUGUUAGCAUUUUCCCAAACAAGUUGGUAUUCAAGGAGACGAAUGAGAAGCUAAGUUACAAGUUAAGGAUUGAAGGUCCAAAGAGGGAGAGUUUCGGGUAUGUCACUUGGACUGACGUGAAACAUGUGGUGAGGAGUCCUAUUGUUGUCACCAAUCCAUUAUCUUCACAAUAAUUUCCAUAUUCAUGAAUUUUGUAAUCGAGAAAUGCUUCCAUAUGCUUAAAGUGGAAAGUAUACACUAACAAAGGAAAUGUUCUUGAUAUCAUAGUUCCUAGUAAUCCUAAUGUUUGUUUGAAAAUUUGCCAACAAUAUUCUAAAAAUUGUAGUUUUACGCAUAAAAUUUGAUUUUGCUUCAUUGGACUA